AUGGAAUAAUUAUAUCAUCGUGAUCCCACAUAUUAAGAAUAGGAAAAAAAAAGAGAGCAACUCUUAAAUAAAUUGCCACAGCCUAAUUUAAGUGCAAAUUUAGAUGAAUUGAUUAACAAUUCAAUCCAGCUUUCUUUGAAAGGAACUUCAGAUUUUUUUAUUAGUAAAAAACUCAAAAGCGCCAGAGAAAAACCUGACAGUGAAGUAUAUACCAUAUAGUCUAACUUAAGGAACUUAUGCAAAAAUUAUUAAAGAAAUUUGAAAUUGAAGAGUAUGGCACAAACUUUACUAAAGAUGUUUAUGAUCCAAAGAAGAUAGGUGAUGAUUCUGUUGUUGAUGAUAAAAAAGUACUUCGACCUACUGUUCCUAAUGUAUUUAUUAUCUCUAUAUUUAAUUUUUAGAGUUUUACACAUUCAAAUAGAUGA